GUUUCGCUCCCAAUAUGCAUCGUUCAGAAUGUAUAAAGAUGAGGUGUUGCACACCAGUUGGAAAUCAUCGCAUCAUCAGCAUCCGAUCCCACCAUCACUUCCAUUCCAUCGGUCUCGCAGGUUGAAGAUCACUCACUUUCAUCUUCAAUUCAACACUCCAAGCCGGUCUUUCUUUUCCCAAACCUUCCAUUCCCACUUCUUCCAGCUCUUUCCAACAACUUUCAACAUGCAUCCUUCUACCAUUGCAGCCAUUCUGGCAUUUACUGCUGGCAUGACUGUGAAUGCUGUGCCCGUUGUUCGCCCGGAAGGCACUCCCGAGCCUCCAGCUGAUAAACCUCGGACAACCCUUGAGAAUUCUCGAGCUCAGCCUCAGCUAAGCGAACUUGCCGAAGAUGAAUUUACUAUCCCUUCAGUUGGGAAGAGAGACCAUCCGCCUCGCCCUUUUACUGUCUGUAACAAUAGUGGCGGACCAUCCAUUGCAAUACCCUGCAUUAGCCCAGAACUUGCCGAACAGAUCAAUCGCGGCUCCAGCGCCGUUCCCCGUACCGGUGUCAACGCACGAGCUAUCAAAAGAGACUCUCGGCGCCUUUUUGGUAAUGACGGUGGCGUGGGCUCUAUCGGCAUUUUGAUCGGCCCAACUGCCGAAGAAAUGCUAGAGAGGAAGAAACAAGCCGGCUUUCGUAAAGAGAAGAGAGAUCAUAGAGCAAUCAUCGGUGAUGAAGGUAUUCGCCUUGGGUGGGAUCCUAUUCCUAGUCUUGAUGGCGAGGUCCUUCCAGCGUUCGGAGCCCAGAAGCGUGAUCCCCAGGUCAUCGAUGCUGGCUUCGGUUUUGACGCAGGUGUUACUAUCGAUCCUUCUACUAUCACCGGUGGACUUAAGAAGUUAAUCCCUGGUCAGAAGGAGAAGCGCGAUCCUCAAGUCAUCGAUGCUGGCUUCGGUUUUGACGCAGGUGUUACUAUCGAUCCUUCUACUAUCGCCGAGAACGUUAAGCAAUUCAUCCCCGGCCAGAAGGAGAAGCGCGAUCCCCAGGUCAUCGAUGCUGGCUUCGGUUUUGACGCAGGUGUCACCAUCGAUCCUUCUACUAUUACUGGUGGACUCAAGAAGUUGAUCCCUGGUCAGAAGGCUAAGCGUGACCCCCAAAUUGAUGCUGGCUUCGGUUUUGACGCAGGUGUCACCAUUGAUCCUUCUACUAUCACUGGUGGACUCAAGAAGUUGAUCCCUGGUCAGAAGGCUAAGCGUGACCCCCAAAUUGAUGCUGGCUUCGGUUUCGACGCAGGUAUCAUUAUCGACCCUAUUGCUAGGCCCGGCCACCUCACGAGACUCCUCCCGCGUCAGAAGGCCAAGCGUGAUCCCCAGAACCGUGGAAAGGGCCACGUCUUUGGCAAAAUCGCUGAGGGAGUUGCUGGAGGCAUCGGCGCUAUCGCUGAUGGCUUCACUAUCCACCAGGCUCUUCAAGGCAAGCCAGCUUAG